ACUCCACUCCCUUUGGUCUAACCCCAAAACCCUUUCUCCCCAACGAAACCGGCGGCGGCGCGAGGGCUUUGCUUGCUGCUGCCAUGGCUCUCGUCGCCGGCUCCUACGAGCGCUUCAUCUGGGGCUUCUCCCUCAAAACCCUGACCUCCCCCUCCGCCUCCACCACCGCCACAGGCGCCUCGUCCUCCGAGACCCUGACCCUCGCGCCGCUCUUCUCAUACCCGGCCCACACGGGCCCGGUGCGCUGCGUGGCCGCGGCGCCACGGGCGGGGCUGGCGGCGUCCGGCGGCGCGGACGACUCCGUCCGCCUCUACGACCUCCCCUCCGCCGCGGACCUCGGCCCGCUGCUGGACCCCUCGGCCGCCGUCUCCGCGCUCGCCUUCUACUCCCGUGGCCCCGUGCCGCGGAACCUCCUGGCCGCCUGCGACGACGGCGCGCUCCUCCUCUACGACGCCGACGGCUUCGCGCUGCUCGCCACGCUCCGCGCCUUCCCGCGCCACGAGGCCGUCGAGGGCCUCGCGGUGCACCCUUCGGGCCGCGUCGCGCUCGCCGUCGGCCGCGCGGGGGCGCUUGCCAUGCUCAACCUCGUCCGCGGCCGACGCAGCUUCACAUGCCGCCUCGAGCGCCCCGCGUCCGCGGUCGCCUAUGCCGAGGACAAGGACGGUGGGGACCGGUUCGUCAUGGCUGCUGAGGAGAAGGUCGCCGUGCACGAUUCCGAGGAUGCCAGGGUUAUUCAUCAGAUGGACUGUGGCAAGAGGGUGCUCGUCAUGGCACCUGCAAAGAAUGGGGUCCUUUACACUGGAGGCGAGGACCGUUGUGUUACUGCUUGGGAUCUGUCCAGCGGCAAGGUCUCCUCACGCAUUGAGGGUGCUCAUGCAACUCGUGUAAAAGGGGUUGUUGUUUUCGAUAAUCGGAAGGGUGGAUCGGAGUUCUGCAAUCUAAUUGCUUCUGCUUCGUCCGACGGUAUCAUAAGGAUAUGGGACGUCCGGGCAAUUGGAAAUGGAAAGCCUACUCCAUUAGCAGAGGCAAAUACAAAAGCAAGGCUAACCUGUCUUUCUGGAACUUCAUUGAAAUGAGGCCAAGGAACCUACAAGUGGAGUGAAUGGUUGAAGCAAUUUGUUGACAAGGCGUCUGAUUUUGCGCUGUUUAGGUUAGCUGAAUGAGAAAACCUGGACAUCAAAGAAGAAUUGAAGAUGAAAGAUCUGCCACACAAGCAUUACCUAGGUGCAUUUGAAAUGUAUGAUAGUCGCCAAUUAUAUACACCAACAUAGUUUGGCUUGAGUGUGUGAGCUGCAUAACUCAUUAUGAGAUUGUGUUAUUUGAUUGUACAACAAGUUUUGCAGUGAGAACCAUUUUCAGUACUAACUGUGCAAUUCUUACGGGAUGAGUUCUCUGCUGAAAAGUGUCAUUGAAGCUA